CACCAUCCAACUAGUCCAACCCAUCUUCAUACCAUCUCAAACGAAGGGACUCGCAAUCAUGGCGGGGGCACCACUCCCUAAGGGCUGUGUUUCUAUCGCUACCGCUGUCGACACUAAGAUUGGAGAGUGUUGCGAUCUGGCAGGGGUGGUUGUCGACUUUCGCCCUCCGGUAGCUACAAGAGGCACAGAUUGGAUGGCUACUAUCACUCUCUGUGAUAGAUCUCGCGCUCUUCCGGAAACAUCGUUGACCAUCCGCAUCUUUAGGCCCAACAUGGAACUUCUCCCGGAAAUUAAAUCUGACAGUGACUUAAUUCUGAUCCGGAGGGUCAAGGUGAUCAAACACGAUGGUCGCUUGCUCGCUCUAUCUACCUUUGAUACAAGCUGGAUAAUUUCUUAUCUUCCGACCCAGAAGGGUAUACCAUCGAUAGCUUCAUAUCCCUCCAGUCUCAAAAUCAAAGCAGACGAGCUGGCCUAUUUUCAGGGAUUGCGAGUGUGGUGGAAGUCUCGACGGGAGUCCUUUGUCUCGAAAGGUGCGGCCCCAGGCACUUGCCCGUCAUACCAACUCGGUAGCAGCAGCCAGAGGCGAAGGUCUGGAUUGAUUAGGGAUAUGCGGAUUGGUUCAUUUUACGAUCUGGCAGGGGUUGUUGUCAAAACCUUCCCGGGGAAUGGUAACUACACGGUUUACCUUACGGACUAUACUAAGAAUUCUAUGUUACAUUCCUACGAAUGGGGUGGGUCUCGAAGGAUCGGAGCUGGAGGCGAUGACGAUGACUUCGACUAUACUGGUCGGGGAAGGGGUUUGGGAAAUCAGGAUUGGCCAGGUCCAUGGGGGCAAUAUACUCUUCAAGUAACUCUGUGGGAUAAUCAUGCCGUGGCCGCCAAUAGGUUGUUCUAUGUUGGUGCUCAUGUUAGUCUUCAAAAUGUACGUGCAAAGAGGAAUGGGGAUGGGAAACUCGAGGGCACUUUGAAUGGGGAUCGGCAGUUUCCAGACAAGGUUCUGGUUAGUCUGAUAAAGGAUAUGAAUGACCCUAGGGUCAAGCAAAUUGCGAUUCGCUGCAAAGAAUAUACGAGGAGGUUUGAAGACGACAGGCUAAGAUACGAGAAGGAGAUGAUGGAAGUGAAUGCGCAUAUCCGGGCCCUCAAAGCCAGCCAGCCUAUCACACCGAUUUCCGAGAUUGCCGAACCACAAGAUUUAGAUGGCCCGUUCGCUAACAGAAUCUACAAGAUUCGUUGUAGAGUUAUCGAUUACUUGCCCCAACAACUAGAAGACUUUGCCGUUCUACAAACGAAGCACAGUGGGUGGACUUGGAGGUUUGCUUUGUUAGUUGAGGGCGAAGAUGGUGCAACUCUCCGAGUGAUUGUCGAAGGGCCUGACGCGGAGUACUUGUUAGGACGGCCAGCCGCGAAUCUCCGCACGGAUCGACAGGAACUAAGCGCACUGCGUGAAAAGCUGUUCAUCCUUUGGGGAAACCUCAGAGAGGUGAAGGGUCGACAGCUGGAGUCCAGAACACCUCGGAAAAAUGCUGCUUUUCAGUCUGACACUCCGCCUGAAGCUCCGUGCGGAAGAAAGCGGCGCAGACGCCGCAAUACCAAACAAAACCAAGUUGCACAUAAACAUCUCAAGUACGACGAACUUGGAAGGCGCUUAAAUGCCGACCGUGAGACUGACGAUGACGAGUGUCAGGACGAGAAUGAGGAGCACCCGAUUCUUCAGUUGUCUGGGAGUAUAUUCGACGCCUGUCUCAAGGAGUAUGGCGUUCUAAGCGUGGAUGGUCAAUGGAAACGGGUUCACAGGUUGUUCGGAACUCGUAUUCUGUGAUAUAAUAAUUGUAGUUUACUUUCCCUAUUUUUCUAUUUCUUGCUGCUGUUGCUGGCGUUAACCUUGAGCAUUUUUGUGGAGUGUGCGGUGGGUUCGUGGUAUUUAUUCUGAGUUGGUUUUUCGGAAAAUUUCUGCUAUCACCUUUUCUCUCCCCUGUCUUCUUUCGGUGAUUUGAUUGUAAUUUAUGUUCUAGUGGGCUAUUCGUGGUUUUUAGUGGUUAACCAAGGGUGUACAGUACUGUAAGGCUCAAAAUCUGGUUUGUGGAUUUUUGAGGUCGUACUGGUUGGUUUUAGUUUGAUUUAGAGAGGAAUGUAGUUUGAUUGGGGUUU